GUUUCUAAAACGAGGAAGCCUCGAUAGUGAAAUAAUUCAAUGAGGAGCCACUAAUUUAGGUAAUUCGUUUAAAAGAAAGGCGCCACCACUGUAACACGAUUAAUUAUCUCACCCCGCCCCCAGUCAACAAUCGGCUAUCGACAGUUUCCUACCUAACGUUCGAAUCGACGUCGUCAGCUUGAGUCUCACAAGCUUGCUGAAUACCAAUUACCGGUGGUGAAUUCACCCAUCUCGUCCGAGUCAUCCGUCGAUCGAAAUUCCGUUCUUCUAGAAAACGUCAGAUAGAAUCAUCUUGCCAGGGCCGAAUACAGCACGCUAGUCAUUGCAUACUGCAAGCAGGUUCCGACAUUCCCUGUUAAGGAAGUCAAGUCAGCCCUAGGUCCUACAAUCAGGCACACUUCCGUGUAGGAUCACAGACGGAUGAUUCAGCAGUGAUCUAUUCCCGGAAGCCUUGUCGGAACUAAAGGCUACGCCUCCUCCAUAUUCAUUUGGCUAUCAUAAGGCUGUGACACUAUCACAUAUGAUCGCGAACUUCUUGAAAUCCAUUUAACCAUCUACGAUUCUUCCAGGCCCCCAAUCUUUUCGAAUCUACUUCCUUUUGACGUCAGAACGUCAUAGCGUCUCCUUAACCAGGUGCCGCCCGCAAACAUGUUCUCCCAGAAAAAGCCAUAUUCGGCUGUCACGGUGACGGUUGAGCGCCUCACCAGCGAGCAGUUUGAAGAGGAUGACCUCAGUGGCAUCCCCGACCUAGUCGAGGUUAUCAAGCUACAAAGUUCCGGUCCUGCAGAGGCUGCUCGUGCCCUUAGGAAAAAGUUGAAGUAUGGCAGCGUCCAUAGGCAGAUAAGGUCUCUUGUGCUUCUUGACGGCUUGAUUCAGAAUGCUGGUCCACGUUUCCAGCGAACCUUUAUUGACGAGCCACUUCUUGAGCGCUUACGAGUUUGCGGCACCUCGGAUCUAUCAGAUCCCGAUGUCAAGAAGAAAUGCUCCGAGUUGUUCAGAAGCUGGGCUUCAGAGUACAAGAAUACACCGGGCCUCGAAAGAAUUGCUAUGCUAUAUAGGGAACUUCCACGCCGUAAACAAGUCGUCACUCAAGCACAAUCUAAAGUCCUUCGCGAAACGGAGGAUCCUUUUCGUGACUCCGAAGAAGAAGCUGAAGGGCGUCGAAGCCCUAAAUCUGUGGCUUCGUCCUCGCGGCAGCCUGCCCCAGCUAGCCCAUCGCCCGGCCACGUCAAGUCACCAUCGAACUCCAGUUUCUUCUCUACUUCUUCCAAGGAUAAGAAGAAAAAGGAUAAGAGCAAGAAGAAGCAUAAAGCAUUUAACCUUGAAGCCGAGAAGGAUGCAAUGAAAGUUGCAAUCGCGGAGUCUUCGAUCGCCGCUACCAAUCUCAUGAACUCCCUUCAGAGCAUAAAUCGAGAACAAGAACGGAUCUCGGAAAAUCCCAUAGUCGUGGACCGAUUCGAGAUUUGCAAAAAGCUGAGAAGGAGAAUACUACGUUAUAUUCACCAUGUUGAAGAUGAGUCAUGGCUUGGUGGCCUUCUUCAUGCUAAUGAUGAACUUGUCGUCGCCCUUAUGACAUAUGAGCAGCUAGAUCGUUCAAUCGACGCUGAUAGUGAUUCCGAGGACGAGCUCGCAGAGCAAGCGCACCUUUAUAGGAUGGCGUCUGAGAAACACCAACAGCAAAUGUCACCUCCUACAAGCCCUGUGUCAGACAUGGCUCAACUUAGUAUGAAUCCAAGCCAUCCGCCUAGGCCCGUACCGCCUCCGCGACCAUCUGCCGCAUCCAAGCCGUCGAUAUCUUUACACACAAUUCCCGAGCCAGAUUCGGAGGAGGAUGAAGAUGAAAAUGACCCUUUCGCUGAUAGAAAUGCAGUCAUAACGCCGAAGGUGGAAAGUGGUGAACCUCGAUGGUAGGUAUCAUUGAGCUCGAUCCUGGUGUGAAGUGACGGACUGGCCAGACCACGUAUUGCGGGUGUUCCUACAGGCUUCACCACGUAAUGGUGGAUGGAUUACGAAGAUACCUACUUUGUUUUAGUUGAAGAUCCGGUUAAUUCAUUUUCUUCUCCUAUCUUUGGAAUAUUGUGGAUCAGUGAUGUUCACGUCUCCUUAUAUCAGCGGGUUCUUUGGUCAAAGCCACCACAUAUGAGUCGUCUUGUUGCAAUUAUCCUACUUAUUCUGAUCCUAUCUGAUAUCUCCCUGUAUGUUGCUCUUCGUAGCGUUUCGACUUUUUAUAUCAUGAUCAUAGGUAUCUAUAACGAAUUCAAAUCAUACACAGUUUUCUCCGA